AUGGCUUACUGCGUAACCUACAUUAUCGCCCUGUUGGGUGGUUGUUUGGCGACGGAAAGGCUUUAUGAAGUGGAAUUGAACAACCUCGAGGUGACGCCAUCCGAGAUUGACGACUUCGUCGACUAUGGAUCUUUGCGGUUGGUGCGAAAGGCGCGCAACACUUUUGCCGUUUCCGGGACACUGUCCAUCUUGCAGAACAUUGGCGACGAAGCCACUAUUUUCUACGUCAUCUACAAACUAGGGGCAUUUGAUGGUCAGAGGAGAAAGUAUCUCGAUGGAAACGGCAGGGUGUGCAAGAUAAUUGCGGGUGAUGAAUACAUCUACCCGCAGAUGCUGAUGUAUUCGAACCUUCCAUCGAAGGAUACGUGCCCGUUCCCGAAGGGCAACUACACGGUUAACGAUUUCGUCGUCGACGAGCGGAAGUUGCCGGCGCUAAUCCCACCCGGCGAGUGGUUGAUCGUCGUAAAGCUGAUGCGUGACGGCAAACUCGGAGCGGGCUAUCGGAUUAAUUUUACCACCAAAUAA